AUGUGUGAACAAUGCAGAGACCAACAUCUAAAGAUUCCAGAAAACAAGAAUCAUGAAGUGGUCCUUUAUCAGCAACGUAGACGACAACUCCCUGUGAUAAAAUGCAAGAUCCACCCCACCAAAGAAAUGGAUAUUCUAUGUGAAGAAUGUAACAUUCCUAUAUGUUCAAAGUGUUCAACAAUGCAAGAGCACUGGGGGCAUCAUUUUAUUGAUUUAGAAACUAUAUAUACACAGACAUUUGAACUUUGCCAAAAGGAGCUCUCUAAAAUCCAUAACUACUUUGUUCCUACAUCACAGGAUUUACAGAGAGAAGUUCGGGAAGAUACCACAGAAGUUAAACAGAUCAUGGACAGCAUACGGACAUCCAUGAAGGCUGAAGCCGAGUCUCUCAAAAACAUGGUGGACACAGUACUCUCAGAAAAUAUGGAAGAAUUAAACCAAAUAGAGAAGUCAUUACUGGAGAAAUUAAAGAGCCAAGAGAAGACAUUUGAUGAUUAUAUUGCCUAUCUCAGUGACCUUGUUAAAGAGUUCCAGAGUUAUCUGUCCUCUACUGAGCUCUCUAACUUCACAACUCAACUAGCUUCGAGACAACUUAAAAACUAG